UGAGGUGAGAUCGACGUUGGUAUCCGGUUAGGUAUUGUUAAAAUACCUAUUGCAUAUAAACUCGAUUUUCGUGACCAAUAUUCCAGUUUUACGAAACACUCGAUGCCGUCCAUUUUACCUGUACGUUACUUAAUUACUGUGCGGUUGAUGUGUUUGAUUGACUGAUAGGCCAAAUUGUAUUUUCUUAAAAGGAACAACAGAUAUAACUGUCUUUACCUGGGACGGUUCCAGGGUUAGGAAAUAGGACACAGACUUACGUACGACCAUGUCCUUAAAAGGGAAAGUGUGUGUAGUGACAGGCGCGAGUCGGGGGAUAGGAAAGGGUAUCGCUCUACAGUUAGGGAAAGCCGGAGCCACAGUUUACAUUACAGGUAGGACUCUCAAGAGUUCCGGUGACGUCAUAGGGUCUCUUACAGAUACAGCUCGAGAGGUAGAAGAGCGAGGAGGGCAAUGUAUCCCCUUACAGUGUGACCACUCUAAGGACGAAGACAUUACAUCAUUGUUCGAGACCAUAAACAAACAACAAGAUGGCCAACUGGACCUGCUGGUCAAUAACGCAUACUCUGCCGUUAAGAUGAUAUCUGAAAACAAGGGGAAGCCGUUCUGGGACCAACCCAUCUCAAUGUGGGAUACUGUCAACAAUGUCGGACUAAGGAACCAUUACAUGUGUGCUAUCCACGCGGCCCGACUGAUGGUGCCCCGCCGGUCGGGACUGAUCGUCAAUGUUUCGUCCGGGGGUGGACUCAGAUACCUGUUCAAUAUACCCUACGGUGUAGGCAAGGAAGCUUGCGACAGAAUGGCGGCGGAUUGUGCUGUGGAGCUCAGACGUCACAAUGUAGCGUUCGUCAGUUUGUGGCCGGGACCUGUUCGUACGGAGGUCAUCAACCAGCUCUCGGAGUCAGGUCACCUUGUCACGAAAGAGAAAUCUGGUAUUAAUUUUUCCGAAGGAGAAACAACUGAAUACGCUGGUAGAGCCGUGGUCAACUUAUUGUCAGAUAAAAACCUUGUCAGUACGAAGUCUGGUAGAAUCCUUCUGACUAGUGACCUGGCGUACGAGUAUGGAUUUACAGAUGUUGAUGGCCGCAAGCCACCUUCAAUUCGACAGCUGAGUUUUCUACUUGGUCAGAAUCCCAAAACUGCAUGGAUUGCUAAAUGGACUCCAGGAUUUCUUUAUCUACCGAAAUGGUUGUUAGCGCAGGCUGGCAAUAAAUUUUAAUUCUGCACGAGUUGCUUCACUUGAUACAGCUCCAUGAUCUGGAAAUAUUUAAAAUCCGAAACGGAGAACGGUCGAGUUCUCUACAGGUAGUCAAUUGUCACACAUACCACUAUGUACUGAAAACCUUGAUAUAUCCUAACACUGGGGUUGUGGUGUAGGUAUUUUAUCUUAUGUUCAACCACAGAAAGUUAACGUAAAUUAAGUAACAUUGUAGGGGGUUUCGAAUGUACUGUCCUUAUUAUUAUAUCGAAGAUUAGAAAGCUGCCAAUGUUCAUAUGAUCUGCAUUGUACUCUUUAUGAGAAUAAAUAAUUGUCAUUGUCAUUGUCAUUGCAGCAAAAAUGUUUUGGUGUUUGAUCACAAGCAUCCAUUUUCACAUUUUUACCUGUAAAGAAUAAUCAUGAUAUGUUUAUCAUUAAUUUUAUCGGACAACGUAUUACUUAUAUCAAUAGUGUAUCCUUUACAACUGCAUUAUAUUUAUGUUAAAUGUUACGAUGUUUGUCUGUGUAUGAUGUUUUUACUGUAUUUUCUGACAAUGAGACGCUAAUCAAUGUAUACAUACAUAUUAGAAUCAAGUUUAGAAUGUGGUAUUUUUUCACGUACAUUUUUUAUAUGGGUGGUAUGUCCUGCAACAAACUCGUAUAAAUAUUUUUUUUCAAAAGUUCUUUAUAAACUGCCAUAGCCGUCUAGCAUAUUAACAUUACGUAUCAAAACGGAUUAUUUAAUAUGACAAUACAUGUAUGAAAUUAUUUGUGUGUAUGUUUUAGUGUUGAAACAGUUGUGUUUACAUAUAAUGUGAUGCAAGGGAGAUCACUCAGAUAUCGAAAUCAUGAUUUAAUUUUAAUGCCUUUAUGUGACCGCAGGGCACAAAAUAACCACAAAGGAAUGAUAAGGAUAAAUAAUAUAUAAUAUAAUAUGAUAUAAUAUAGCAUGGUAUAAUAGCUUAUUUCGUGACACAUCACUUCUAAAAGGUGUGCACUGAGCCAGUGAAACUGAAAUGCUUACAUAGUUUUUAAGUUUUUGUUUGUUUGAUUUUGUCUUAAUUUCAGUUUUAAAAAUAUAAGGUAUAAUUCUGAACCUGAACAACUUUUCAAAUAUAAGAUCUGUUUCACUAACAACAAAAAUGCGGUAUACUUUGCAUUUGGAUUUUAAUAUUUGUAGACGGCGUUUAAACGCCAAUUUCGUACUGGGGGUAUGAAUUUCUUGUGCAAGUUGUGGUGCAUACUGUAACCAAAUAUACGCAAGAUAAGAGAACGAAUGGCAUAACAGGGCCUUAAUACUGAUGGAAAAUAGCUUGAUCGAGGAUCUCAAGUUAAAUACAUUGGGACAAUGUAAUCGUAAAGGUUAGUUAUUUUGAUACGAAUGGUAAAAUGUUCAUCAUAGUCUAUAGAUGAUUUAAGUGCGUUUGAACGCAAAUCUUUGUCUCUCAUCAAUGUCGUUUACCUGAAGAGUUUGUGUACUAAUGUUAUCAGGAUUUAUCAAGUUGAUAAUUGUAAAGAAUAGUUAUAUAACAUAAUUCAUUAGUGGCAUGUGUGCGAUUGCGUGUGCGCGAGAGUUUGAGCGUGUAUAUCUAUAUGUAUGUAAUGGUUAUUAUUAUACCAUGACCAUAUCUUAGAAUUAACAAUGGUAAAAAAAAUAUUUUUAGUACAACAAUAUCUUGUUUAAAAAUAACUGUAAAUUAUCUGUUGUUUACAAACAUUUGUAGAAUAAACUAAAACAUGUUUACUUUAA